GCCUGUCCGUCAGACUGCCGAGGCGGCAGGGGGCGGCAGCGGCCAUUUUGGAGCAGAGAGCGGGGCCGGGCGGCGCGGAGGCAGCGCGGAGGCAGCGCGGAUCCACCGGGGUCGCCGCUCCCUGCCAUGGCCGCCCCGCUCGGCACCGGCACCCGCACGGAGGAACCCGGGCAGGAAAAACAGGAUGCGCAAGAGAAGGAAAUCGUCAUCCCUGAGAGAGCAGAAGAGGCGAAGCUGAAGGCGAAAUACCCCAACCUGGGCCAGAAGCCCGGAGGCUCCGACUUCCUCAUGAAGAGGCUGCAGAAAGGGCAAAAAUACUUCGAUUCCGGCGACUACAACAUGGCCAAGGCGAAGAUGAAGAACAAGCAGCUGCCGAGCGCGGGGCCCGACAAGAACCUGGUGACGGGAGACCACAUCCCCACGCCGCAGGACCUCCCGCAGAGAAAAUCCUCGCUUGUGACCAGCAAGCUGGCCGGGUAGCCUGCGCUCGCAGGCUGUUUGGUUUUGGUUUUUCCCUCUUUUUCCUUUUUCUUUGGUUAUUUGGAUUGAACUUCACUGUACCGUAGGGCUGGGAGCACCAGAAUCCACGUAGUUGAUGAGUAUUCACAGCAAACACACACCAAACCCUAGCAGAGGUGUCGCGAGCCGGUUUGCUGCCUUCGUUUCCACCCUGUUGGGAGCCGUCCCUGCUUGCAGAGAUGAUUUUUUUUUAUUAUGAUUAUUUUAUUUUUUUCUCCCCCUCUUGCCUUUUGGUUUCAGGCUUGAAAAACAAAGCGAGGGCGGCGCGGGGGCUGCGGGGCUCCGCGCGGCCGAGGGGCUUUGUGCAGGGUCAGCGGAAGGGCCCCGAGGGCCGCGCUGAACCCGAGCCGAGCUCCGUCCCCGUUCCGGAGGCGAGGGGAGGGCGAGCGGACGCCGUUGGCUUUGGGGAUUCCCAAUGGGACGGGAGAGAAACCGCAGGAGGGAGGCAGCGGGCGGCACAGGUACGGCUUUCCUCGGGCGCGUUUCGAGUGCUGGCGCCACGAUCCCUGCCGGGGCUGCUCCCGUUUGCUGCUGGGUGGUUCGGAGAGACCCCGAGCGAGGGGAUUUCCCUCGGGGGGGGGGACGAGGAGUGGAGCGGGGACGGGCGCGCCACGUCCUCAGCUCCCCCUCCGGUCCCUGCGUGACCCGGCCAGGGCAGCGGCUGCACGGCCUCCUCGUGCUCUGCUGCCUGUCCCAGCUGUGUUGUAAAUAGAUAACGAAUCGUAUAGAUAAAAAUAUAUAUAAUUUUGUACAUCUUCAUCUCUCUUCUUUUCUAGCGGGCCGUGCUUUAAAAAUAAAAGUAA